GCCGUUCAUUGCAUUCAGAAUACGGAACUCAUCUGAACUAUUUAUGCUUGUACAGGUGAUUUAAUGGAACCAACCUUGUGGCUUGGCCUUUCGGUGUCAAGUGGUGGGAACCUGGGCGUCUCUAAAAGGAUCACGACUGCGGUACCGACGAUGGCACUUUACAACCCGUAUCGAUAAACAGAUGUUUAGAGUACACAUAUGUUCCUGUUCCAGACAGACAAAUCAACAGCGACGCAUGAAUCAACGGUCAACCCUUGCACGGGCUAUCUGGCAAUCGUUCUGCUACUUUUCAGGUCUGACACUGCUGGUAUGCCGGCGCGGCGUUAAUGCCGCGUUCUGACAACAAACGUGUAAAAUGCUUUUCAGUGCCGCAGCUCACGCUUUACAAAUGACUUGACUCCAUCCUCGUGGACCAAGCCAACUUCUUGCGCGCUUCGUCGACUGAUAGUUAGCCGUUCGCCGAUUGUGCUUCGGAACUAACUACAUAAGCUCCCGCUAAGAACCCCACACGGUGUGGUGUUGUUUUUUGCGACGGCCGCAGAACAGGUGCUUCUUCACAGGCCCCACAGGGCCCUUUCAAGGUGGUCACAGUUUUAAGGUUUCAUUCUUAUUCCCAUUUCUUCUGUUACAAGACGGACGGUGACAGAGGAGCGUAUUCAUCUGUUUGCCGGGUUCGCACUCUGAACCAGUUGGCUGUUUUAUUCGUCACUAAUAAGGCCGGGGCUCGGAUCGCCGUUCAGCGGGCUUGUUGGUCUGUGUCGACUUUGUUUGGCACGCCUAUUUCUCGUGGCGCCGUAAAGCAAUUCAAAGGAACGCGUGGGGCAUCCGAACGAACUCACUUUUCCUGGGAGUUUGUUCGGCUUCCGGCAGAUCCAUUGUCAUUGCUUGUCUGAGCGAGGACAUCCAAUCCGUGUUUCUGUGUUGUCUUAGCGGCUGGCUUUUGUGUCAGAAGGAAUCGGAGCUCGCAGCGCGUCGGUCAAAGCUUUCUGAGACGUGUUCCUUACACUUUGGUGCCUCCAUCUUUAUACCUGUGUGCGACUGCUCGGCCUACUGUGAAUAGUCUCCGAGCUGCCGUGUCGGCCGAGGCUUAAACCGAUGAUCGGAUGCCUACUGAGGCACAGCAGCACUGUGCAGAUACUUUGAGUGAAUUCGCAAGUGUGAAUUCACCAGCAGGAAUCGUGGUAGACUUUGUGCGGAUACCGUCAUGUAUCGAAACCACUCAGGGAUACGGCUUGCCUGCAGGCUCUUCGAAGUUGGAGCUCUCGUUUUAGCUUUAGAAAAUGUCUCUGGUAUUCACCGGUUCGUCGCCGGGAUUGAGUGGAACGAAGGGAAAGAGGAUUUUCAGUACACGACGUCUCCUUGGGUGAUUCCACCUGACGGAUUAGUCAGUCGGCGACUUGCUGAGGAACCUCCUAGAAAGCGCUUGCGAAAAACAAACAAAUCAGAUCGUGACUCAGAUUCUGCUCAAGGUUCCAGGACGACUUCUCCUGGCAGUCUGGGCGGUUUUGGUGCAACAGGUGGGCGUGUUGCCGCUCCGCGAAUACGGAGUGGUGUUGUGGCGUCGGAGGCGAUCCGAGGUACAAUUUGGAGGAGGCCAGGUGAAGUCGAAGGCACCUUGAAGCUUCGUAGAACCAGGCCUCAAUAUUCACAAACAGAUGGAGAUGGCUUGCAGGGGAACAGGCUUUCAUCGACAGGGGAACGAUCAGGAAUAUCGCAUGGGGCGCAGUCUCUGGCAAUGCGCCCAAGGACAAUGGGACAAACAAUGAAAUCUUUGGAGAGCUCAUGGGAUUCGGAUCCACUCGAAGGAACAUCACGGGAUUGGCUCUAUGUAACAACGAGUGAGACAACUGCUUCGCCCGGCCUUACCGGCUUUGGAGGGAUUGGUAAAAAGCUUGCCCCUCUUUACGUACGAGAUAGGAAAUUUGACUUACUUCAAUUUGUGAAUCUGACGAGGAGCAAGAAACAAAAACUCUUAAUGUCAUCAAAGAGCCCCUCGCUCAGAAAGCUCCUCAUGAACGACAUGGCCCAGGAAUGGGCUCUAGGAAUUUUGCAGAUCGUGUUGCAGGGACGACAAAGAGCUCUGCAGGCUUCCCACACCACGCGAACUACAGAACCCGCAAGUGGUACUGACGGCACUAGUAAAUCGUCGGAAGACGAAGCAACACGAGCCAGUGAGGGCAACGCUUCCGUCAACCAGACAUCCCCCGCCGCGUCAUAUCCGCGACGGCCCUCUUCCGACGAAGGGCAGGACAGCGGACGUAGAAAGUGUUCAAAGCGAAGUCCGUCUCGUCUCGUACAGAACGCUCCUCUUUUUCUGAAGGAUGAUAGUCAUUCACUGAAGGACACGCUGGAUUUAGUAAAAAACAAGAACCGGGAGCUGACGGAGAAGGGGAGGGUACAUGCCACCCCCCUGAGGGUCGUUUUGUUAAAUAGUAUCAUGAUGAAGAAACUUGAGAAGGUCUUGCCAGUCGUCGAAAGCAUGGACAGAGCACUGAUGGCUCGUCAGACGUCUUCCGAAGCAGCGACUGUGGACGACUCUAGCACUUCAAUUUCACAUGGUAUGCAGGGUAGUACCAGCUCAGGUGCAGCUGCUGUACAGGGUCCCAGCACUUCAGUUCCAGGUGCUUCGGGAGGUCUUGGUCCUUCGGGGGGGAAGCGGAAACCCGACGACGAAGAUGAUUUUGACUGUUCACGCGCGAAGCGGAAAAAUGAUCAGAUGUGACUAACCAGAAGGAGGUGACACGCCUCUCUCGGACGGUACCCACGUGCUGGCAGACUGAAGGCGAGUCAUACUGAGCCGACAGUGCGGACAUGUCGUCUCGGCGUGUUCGUGCAGAUUAAGCGAGGCCACUGCAAAUGUGAGGCAGUGCCGCCAACAACUACUCCGCGUUAAUGGGUAGUGAGUAGCACGCCACAUGACAGUAGAUGUGGUGCAUGUUGUUUCUUCUUGCAACUUUGGUUGACCGAGAAUGCAAGAUAGUUGACUUAUUUGUUUCGGGAGGGGGCAGGCGUAGGCCCUUCGUCUGAAUGCCGCAGGCUUUAAUUCAUGCGUUGCCGCGGGCCAGUGUCAUUAAACAACGUUCACCAGGGAAGCUAGCAACUGCAUUCCCUUUAAUUCAAAAUGUGUCCUGUAUCGCGCUACUACGCGGGCUGUAAUGACCAGACGCUUCAGGUUAUGUAACCGGCAGCAUGCAGAUUAUACCAGUAUUUUUCUGCCAUGGUUGUCAGCACGGAUCCUUGGGUGGGGGCUUCUGUGAGUUUCAGAGAACACGACGC